ACCGACAUGAGCAGCGCGGGUGACUUGACCGCGGCGGCACCGAGCACGAAUGGACGCAAACCCAAGUCAAGCAAGCAGCAAGCGGCCAAAGCGUCGAGCAAGGCCGACGAGCUGCCGCGAUGGUUGGAUGACACGGUCGACCUGUUCGACUUUGACUGUAAUGUGACGCAUCCCGAGUUCAAAGGACAAGAAGAUGCGCUCGUUCAGUGUGCCCGGCGCGUGCGUGUGACCCAGAUGCUCGUCCCUGGAUCUACCAUCGAAGAAAGCCACGAGUGUCUUGCCCUCGCUCGCCAACACCCCUCUACUGUGUUUCCCACGGCAGGAGUGCAUCCAUACAACGCGACAAAGCCCUUUGACGCGGAGGAAUUCGCCACGCUGUCGGUACUCGCCGCCAAUACCGAGAUUGUCGCAGUGGGAGAGUGCGGCUUGGACUACUCGGACGGGUUUCCAUCGCCGGACCUGCAGCUUUCGUGGUUCGGUCCUCAGCUGUCGCUGGCCGUGUCUCUGCAAAAGCCGCUCUUCCUGCAUGAACGUCUGGCCCAUGAGCCGUUCCUGGAUGCGCUGACUCCCCAUCUCGACAACCUUCCCCCCGCGUGUGUGCACUGCUUCACCGGCACCACCGACGAGGCCCAAGUGUAUAUCAAGAUGGGCUUUUACAUUGGAAUCACGGGAUUCGUCUGCAAGGAGCCCCAUGGCGCGGCGCUGCAGUCCAUGCUAGCCGCCGGCAUCCUCCCUCUCGACCGCCUCGUCGUCGAGACCGAUGCACCGUACAUGGGGUUCCCAGGCUGCCGUGGGUUCGAGUCGACCGGGGGGAAGCGCCAAUUUCCCAACGUUCCGACGAGUCUGCCCAAAGUUGUGCAAGCGAUAGCAGACUGCGUCGGCGUCUCUCCAGCCGAGGUCGCGCGCAUCACGACGCGGAACGCCCGCCAGUUUCUCCGCCUCUGAAUAGCACCUUUGCUCCCCUCCAAGAACAACCUUUCUGAAUUGAAUGCACCAACUCGAGACCACCCUUGCGGGCUGCCUGUCCAAGUAUAUGCAUGUCGUUCGGUCUGUCCCAGUCAUGCCAUUUGCUUUGAACUCGGACGAUGGUG